AAGUGCACGACAAGAAAAUGCUCAGUUUACAUCUGACCACGAACAAUACUGUAUCCAUUAUCAAUUUGGUUGCAGCGAUGAUAGAUUGUUUUCUAUUAUUUCAAAGUGCAACGUAAAAAGACCAUCGUAUCUUUUGAUUUAAACAAUAAUUAAAAAAUAACGAAAUAUAAAGGGUUCUUUUUUCCUCAACGAUUUUGAAAUGAUUUCGAACAGAAAUCCGUUAAAAAUUAUUGUGAUUUUUUUGAUUUCAAUUGGUAAAUUAGUUCACAGUGAUACAAAUGAAAUAUGCAGCACAUUCAGUGGCCGACGAAUUUAUUCCGAUCAGGAUGGAAGUGGAUCGAUUCAGGCGGCUAAUGUCACAUCAUCGACCUUGAAGAAUAAAGUUGCGCAAAUUCAACGCAUGUCCGAUGGUUCAGCAAUUAUACACUAUCAGUGCCAAUUGGAGUUGAUAACCUGUGCAGCUUGUGUUUUCCAAAUAAACAUUAGCAAUACACAAUUUACAAAGACCUGUGACGAAGGUGACACAUCAUGCAAAUGUGCUGAUUAUAUUAGCUUCACUGAGCCACCAUAUGAUGAAAAUUCCACGGAGAAAAUGUGGUGCGGAAGGUCACCACAUCAAUUUCGAACCAGAGGUCGUAUAUUGGUUGUUACCUACGUAUAUCAAAAAAGUCAUGAUAAUCCAUUCAACUUAACCUAUAGCAGUGAACAAAAUCUUCUAACAUAUAAAGGCGUUGUGUCGGAGAAUGACACAUCGGAAAAUGUUGAUGUUCUUCAGUCACCAUUUUUUCCAAAUUUUUAUCCGCGAGAUUUGAUCAUUGAACACUUAAUCGAAUGCAAUUUAAACGAUUCCACUGUAUGUUACAUUGAAAUUUCAUUUUCUGAUUUUCAAAUAUCUUUGACAUCGGUGAUAGAGUUUUACAAUGAAGAAAAUGAAAUGAUGCAAAAAUAUACGGGUGAAAUAUUUCGACCGCCAAUAAUUCAAUUGUUGGCUCGAUUCAUACGGAUUCGAUUUCUUGGUAAUGGAGGCUCCGGUGCUGGAUAUCGUGCAACAAUACGCUAUCUGGCACAUGACUUUUCAAACACAAAAAUUAACACCCAUUGUGGUGGUCUUGUUGAAUCAUUCGGUGGCGCAAUUACAAUGAUGAACAUGACCAAUUCGAGUGCAAUGGCAUUCGAUUGUAUUUGGUUAAUAAAACCACCAAAUAGCUAUCAUCUGAAAACACAUCUUCUGGUUCGCAUUGAUACAUUCGAAAAUAUGGGAAAUACAUCAAGUGUAAUCAUACGGGACGGAUCAACAUCUGAUUCGACAAUGCUAAAGCAAUAUGGUUGGCCCAUUCAAACAGCAGACGGAAAAUUCCAAAGUUUUGUUACUACAUUAUCAUCUGGAUUUUAUAUCGCAUUUAACGGUGUUUUUACACCGAAAUCACGAUUUGCCAUUGUUUAUACGGCUUUCAGUUAUAUGGAUUGUUUUCCUGGGCCGGAAUUUUUAUGCGAGAAUCAUAGAUGCAUUCCAUUUUUCUUGCAAUGCGAUGGUUUCGAUCACUGUGGCGACGGCAGUGAUGAAAACGAAAGAUGUGGCAACAAUGAUGCGGAUGAAGCAGAAACCAAUCAGUACUGGCUUACGCAUACUCCAAAUUAUUUUUUUCCAAAAAUCGAUCAUUAUCCAGAUUUAAAAACAGCUACAUUGGUAUUUAUGGUUAGCGCCAUGACUUUGGCCACACUGAUUUUAUUGUUGAUUAUCAUUUUAUACCGAAUGAAUCAUCAUGUGCGCGAACAAAGAGAAUUACAAAGCCAAUUACGGACCAUUAGUGAACUGCUCGAUAACAAUGCAAAUAAUCAAAAUGAAGAAAAUGAAGCGGCUCAAGAGCAACCACCAGCAUACGAAGAUCCACCCGACUAUGAGGAAGCAAGUAGUUUGAAACUAGAUAUGAGUCUUCGACGAUCCAGCACCACAAAAUUGGAAACUCACAAACGCAGAAGAUCGCGAUCCCGUUCAAGAAGUCAUUCUCGACAAUACGAACAAAAUUCACUGCUGAAUAUAGCCUCUUCGACACCAACACCAUCCGAAAUAUUAUUACCUGAAUUGUACUUGACGGAUCCAGCAUCACUUUCAACGACAAAUAUAAUCGAGUGUGAAAUAGCAUCACGGACACAGCGUAGACAUUCUGAAUCAGUGAAUGUACAUUCUCGACGAAGUAGCCAAAUACUGUUAAUACCAGAUAGUCCACCACCAGAGUACACGCCUCGGCACACACAUAUUAAGCAAAUAUUACAGCCAUCUGAACAACCAUUUUUGUUAGAUAAACCAUUGGAUGCAGAAAUGCAGAAUGAUGGUCAUCUGGCUCUUAUCAUAAAUACCGACCAACAUAGAUUGAUUGAUAUUCAAGAGUCGCCAUUGGUGCACACCGAUCAUCCUGAACAAAUGUUGGAACAUGAACAUCCCGAACAAAUGUUAAAAAGUCCCCAUUCACCACGUCGACAUUCAUUCCAAGACGAUAAUUUGACCAAUACAAAUUUUUUUGAACAAAAAUUUGCUCAAUACAUUCGACCGAUUGAUACUGAUUGUGAUAGCGAUACAAUUGACACUCAAUGUCGCAUUGAAAAUAAACAGUGCUCAUUGAGCUGGUUGAAAAAUGUCAAUGCCAUGUAUAACAAUUACCUGAAGUAUGAAAUAAUACCUCCGCAACAGCUAAAACCCGUUUUGCGUAAAACAUCUUCCGAAAAUGAACUAUUACUGAUGUCAAAAUCAAACAAUUCCAGUUUACGUGAACUUCCCAUCUUUCGGAGAUCAUUCAGCAGCGGUCUUCUUUUUUAAUAAACAUAGAAAAUAAAAAUACAAACAAAUUUCAAGUUUUCAA